ACGUAAGACAGCCGGUGAAUUUAUGGUGGAAUUGAGGGAAAAUCUCGCGAUGCACGAGAAAUGAGGUUGUGGUCUACUGUACACAAACAUACACUGUGCAUAUUACAGGAGCGCCGAAUGAAACCGGUGAAUUGGCGUUGGAUUCGUGCUACCGCCACUUGUUGAGGACAUUAUGUGAGUUGCUUCUUCCAAGAUACCAACAAAAAGGUGCUCAUUUUACGCUUGGGAUAUCACUUUUAGACUUACAAUGUAGAGGACAAAAUGCAGAAUAUUUGGAGGUGUUCAAAUGCACAUCUUAAUAUUUAGAUACGACUAAUUCUUGGAGGAAAACGUCACAUGUUGACAUAAUUUCCCCUAUCACUUUCGUGUGUGGUGAUUCUGACAGCUACCCACAUCAAUCAUGGCGUCAACCAGUAAUCAUUUUUGGACGGUUUUAUUUUCUAUUAUGUGUUUUAUAAGUUGUUCCAAAGGACAGUAUUUCUCUGUGCAGCCACAAGAUACAGAAGUCGUUGUCGGGAGCAAAGUUACGAUGACAUGUCGAGUUUUUAACCGUCCGGAAGAUUCACUUGUGUACUGGAUAACGCCGGCUGCCACCAACGACUUCAUAGGACCCGACUAUGAUGUACCUUCCCGCUAUAUAAAUAAAUACGAGAUCGUUGGCGAUCCAAGAAUCAACGAUUAUAAUCUUGUGAUCAAUGAUGUAACGGCUGAGGAUGAUGGAGACUAUAUAUGCCUUUUGUUUCAGCCUGGAAGGGGAGAUCUGAACGUCGCGCCGACGCAGAUUGCCCAGACAAGAGAGGCUUCGUUGACGGUGGCGACGUUGAGCCCGACCGGCGCACCGGCUUGCUGGGCUUCCCCAAGACGCUCUGUCCAUGUUGGGUCAGACAUCACGCUCUAUUGUGCCUCAACAUUUACCAACAACACUCUGGCGUGGAAUCAAGAUUCGAGUUCGUUGACGUCGUCGUCUAACUCGACAACAGCGAUUCCGACGUUGAUCAUGACGACGUUUACGGCUGAAGCUACGAUGAACGAGGCACGGUUCACCUGCGCGUCGGAGUCGGACCGCAACAGACAGUGCCAGAUCGUCCUCGAUGUCACCUUCCCUCCCGAAGUCACCAUCGAACCCGUUGGCGAGAUCAGGGCUGGUCAAGAAGGGCGGUUUCGGUGCUCGGCUACGGGAAACCCUAAUGUAUUCGUCUAUUUUUGGAAGUACAAUGAGGAGGUCAUCCAGUACCAAUACCAUCGUCGAUUCAACAGGGCUAUCCUUGAAGAGAGCAAUACGAUCUUGGCCCUCCCCGAUAUGGAUGAGGACGAUGACGCCGCUCUCCUCGAAUGCACCGCGGUCAACGAACACGGCCAGGGUGUCAGCACCUUCCCCAUCCGCGUGGCCAGCAACAACACCACCUCCGUCAUCGCCUGGAGCCUCUGCGCCAUCAUCGUCGCAAUCAUCCUCGUGCUCCUCAUCAGUUUCUUCUUCUGGAGAUCGAGGCAGCACAGGAAACUGGAGAAGCUCUCCGAGAUUCGUCGAAGCACUCGACCACGGUCUGGUCCCAUCGAGACGGAGAUGAACGGCAAUGUCAACCCUGCUUUUACUGGAUUCUCCCAUCUUGAGAUCGACUCCGUCGGUUACGGACCGGACGUCCAACCAUACCAGUCGAGGCCCAGUGAGCGGGAGUACGAUACGGGCGAACCCAAGCCCAUCCCAGCAAGGCAGGGAAGUAAGAGUGGUGAUACAGACAGCGAUUACAUCGCCAGGGACGUCGACGAUGAAGUGACCCAAACCUACACCUACCAAGUCAAUCCAAAGUUCGAGGAGUACAGAAACAAAGCCAGCUACGACGUCAGCUACGACGACGAAGUCGAUGCCGUGAUCGAGGACAAGAAGCCCCUUCCCCAGAACGAUCUCGACCUGGAGAAGGAGUUGGUGGGCGAGCUCAGCAUGUUCUCUGACUACGAUAAGAACUUCGACGAGGAUGCGGAGCCCGUGGUCGUGAGCACGGAGCUAUGAUGGCCCAAAUUAUGUCCAUGCACUCAUGCCUCAAUCAUGAGAACUUAAUGAAUAUUCAGGACGGCGAUAAAAUGAAUAUUCAUUUAUCAUGAAGGCAUGGAUAUUCAUACCACGGUGGGUUUAACCAUGGUAUAACAUAAUGAAUAUUCAUACAUCCAAUGUGCCUUUCUCAAUCAAUACGUGUUUUAUCGUCUUUCAGCUUUAUCGCUUUUAACGUGGUAAAAUGUUAUAUUGAUUUAACCAUCGUUACGCUUUUUAGGUUUUGCAAAAGAGAACCCAUUUUUAAAAAUAUGAUCUUUAUCUUCGCCUGCGAUUCGCGAAGAUGUUGAAAAUAUCUACAGAGAAUUUGUAUUCAAGUUCCAUAAAAAUUCAACCUCUUGGUUUAUAUCAUACGGUAUCUAAGUUUUUGAUAACCAAAACGAAAUACCCAUGAACAAUACUAGUCGGUAUAUGUCAAAUACACGUACAACUUGUCUAAAAGAUGGCUUAAAAGAGACCGAACAAGGCAAAGAUAAUAAUUUUAGAUAAAUGAGACUAUAUAAGUAGGAUGUGUAAGAUGUAUUUUUUGUCGAAAUGAAAUAUGAACAAUCAGGUAUAAUGAGGGAGUUUCCAAAUAUUAUGUUUAUUUUUUGAUUUACCCUUUCAGUCUUUCUCCAUUUGCUUUUAACUUUCCAUUUUCUUUCUUUUUGCAACGUGAGCUUAUAACUCUUUCAUCUUAUCAUUCGUAAUGUUUGAGGUACGUUUUUAAAUAUAUAUGAUCAAAGAAAGGCGGAAAUAGGUUGUGGCAUGUGCGUUUUCAUGAUAUUAUUUCUAUUUAAUUGAAUUUUCACAUCAACGGUAUUCUUUUCAAAAUCAUAAUCUGACUUCUAGCUCAUAAGCUAUUCUUUUAAACGCACUUGUAGACAGUGUGGUGAAUGUUUGAUUAUUUUUCUGUCUGUAUGCAAUGUUGCCAAAUGAAUGCAUGUUGUUACUUCAAUGUUCUUCGUUCACCCAAAAGUGGAGGGAGUGUGAUUUACUUUGCACUGCAUGUUUGUAUGUAUUUAAUAUCGUGCUAAAACCAAUCUUGUUGUGAGAAUUGAGACGGAAUUUAUCGAAAGAGGGCGCUUUCCAUACUUUGAUCAUGAUGCUGAACUUCAUACCCCCUUCCCUACAAAAAAUCCUAAUAAUAUUAUUUCCUUCGGAUUUUUACUUCUAUUUGCAAUAACAUUGAAGAUAAACAUGUAUAUUCCUCAAAAUAGAUAUUGAUAAUUGUAAUAUGUAAUAAUAAUAUAUAGGUAUAUUUACCCAGGGUAGCCACUUCAGUUUCGAAAACUGUUCUACCAUUGGGCCCUGCUAUUAUUAUGGUAGUACUAUGCUAGUACUACGAUAUAUAUCGUAUGUUGCAGAUAAAAUGAGAGAGGGAUUGCAUUAUAUUUUAACAUUAGUUUAAUGGUUUUAUGUAAAUUAUGUAAAAAGAAAAAACUUUAGAGAAUGAAGUUGAUAGAUAUAGUUUUAACCAUAGAAUACCUUGGUAUAUAGAUUCAAUUAGUGUAAUAAGCAAGCUGGGCUUGUAUUUGUAGUGCAGAUAAUGUAGUACCACUUCCCUAAAGUUUCUGAUUUUUUAAAUCGAGGCAGAUUAGCCUGUGAUUUUAAAGAUAUUAUUUCUAUUACUUGUUUGUUUCAGAUGAUACAUCAAUCUUCGCAUUUCCAAUUUUAAAAGUAUUUUCUCCCAGUCCUAUUGUCUUAUUGGUGAUUUAUUGACUACAGGUAUGUAGCUUAACACAGAAAAAUAUGUAUAUUUACAUUUGUUCCUUUGUGUAGUGGAGUUCUGGGAAUGUUUUUUUUUCAACCAAUUCUUCAUGUUUUAUAGAUCAUGCAAAAAUUUAUUAUGGAAACGGAAUGACAUUCUUCCAGUUGUACUUAAGACAGUCUUUCAGUAUAAUGGUACUAUGUGUAUUCAAAUGCCAAAGGAUGCUGACUUUUUGAGAAAUUUAUUUUACUUGAAACAUUAUAAAUGAAUGUGAAACAGGGUAUUGCCGGUAAUUUAGCUUCAUUAAGUAAUUUUAGUGAAUAACGAGUCAUAAUAACAGUGCUGUCAAAAAAAGAAAGAAAUAGAAUCACGACAUAUUCCAUAUUCGACAUCAUACUGUGAUAGAAAUAAUACAAAUACUUCACAUUUUCACAUGUGGAGCGUUGUGGCCCAGUGGAUAAGUCUUCUGACUUUGAAACAGAGGGCCGUGGGUUCGAAUCCCAGCCAUGGUGUAAUUUCCUUCAGCAAGAAAUUUAUCUACAUUUUGCUGCACUCGACCCAGGUGAGGUGAAUGGGUACCCGGCAGGAUUAAUUCCUUGAAUGCAUGAGCGCUGAAAGGCAGCUCAAGCUAAAGCCGGGGUAAUAAUAAUAACGUGCCUCAGAAUAGAAUAUUUCUAGAUAGAUGGCGCUAUAUAAAUGCCUAUUAUUAUUUUAUGUCACCCCCCUCCCUUCUCAUAUAAACACAAUGGUAUAUGCACUUCUGCGAAUUUUUUUAUCUUUACUCAUGUUCAAUUUUUUUUUCGAAUGGAUACUAGGCACGUAUGUCUACCUUUAAUAUGGCCCUGUAACAUAAAGUAGCGAUUGAUCGUGGAUAUAAUUUUACCAUUGAUUGCAUUUGACUACUGCACAUGAUAAAUCAUUGAAGUUGGGCAAAAAUGUAAUUAUAUAAAGUGAAUCUGCUAAAUAAACAUGGAACUGAAUGUAAAUAUGAGGAAAAUAAAAAGUGUCUUUCAGUCAUUUGAAGACAACAACAUUGCUGUAUGUUUGUUGCCAUUUUACAUGAAGUAUACUGAUGACAAAAUAAUUUGAUUCAACUCAAUUUUUGAAUGAGUGCCCCCUACUGUUUGAUAUACAUGUAUAUAGUAUGCUGAAAUUGCUGAUAGAUGGAACUUUUAUUGAAAUAAUUCGAUACUGUAUACAUUUGCAUAAUUUGCUUUAGAUAAGUGACAUUUGAUUUGUUCGUUUUUACAGAGAUAUGCGUAAUAAAAUUGUUUUUAUAUCA